AUGGAGAAAUCCGAGGGUCUGUCAAUUCAAAAGCUGCUUCUGAUUGUUAUCACAUACCUUCUGCUUCGAUAUCAUACGCGGCCGGGGACAUGGCUACACCGACAUGUCAUAAGCUCAACCAUUUUCAUUCUCAUUACUACCCCAUUAUCUCAACUGACUGACAUGGUCCUGCGAAUCAUGUCACCAUGUAUCUCGCACGGUUGCGAGUCGGUCUGGAUGAGGACGUUAAUCUGGCUCAGAGAACUAGUUGGCAUAUCGAAUACCUUCUCCGACGAUCCAAUCCAGUUCCUGAUAAACCUGGUUUUGAUCUUCAUUAGCGGUUUGUUCGUUUUGUUGCUACCUCUCCUGUUUCUUCUCAUCGCCAUGACGAUCCUGGCAUUCGGCACCUGGCCCGUUCUGAUUGUCUUUGGAGCCGCGAUUGUCACGCUUCUCAUGCCACGCCAUACUCCUACGAUUCUAGCUGCACAGGCCGAAGAUAAGGUUCUGGCCAGACCCACUCAAUCUCCGAGGUCUGCCGAUUCUGAGCUUCUACAAACCAUCAGGACAGUGACUCGUUCCAGUGUCUUCCGGGAGACAAUUCAGAUCACCUUAGAACUGGAUCUGCUGCCGGAUGGAGUAAAUCGUAUCAUACAAUACUUUCAGGAACCAGCGGGAUUUCGGGCCGGUGCCAAAAAGGACUUGGUUCGAAUGAUGAAAUGUCAAAUCAUUGGAUACGUCCGUGACUAUGAACAAAUUGCCGUUGUUCCCGUGGCUAUAUUCUUGGGCGCUAAGGAUAUUUUGAUCCGGAUUCUCGAAAUUUGA